AGAAUGGAGAAGUCCAGGAAAACAUUUAUUGAUUUGGUAGAUGAGGCUAUAGCAGCUGCCAACUCAAUGCAUCGUGAUGAACUGCUCUUUUCUUACAAGGGAAUUCUCUACCCUACCGCUGUUUGCAAUCCUGAAACAUUCAAAGCCUUGGAGUCCUUUGAAGCCAGAAGGGAUGAUGUAAUUUUGGCAGGAUAUCCUAAAUCCGGCACUAACUGGCUAAGUCAAAUCUUAACUGACCUGAUAGCCAUAUCUCAAAAGAAAACAUCAGGUAGGGAAAGCAGUGUGAAUGCUGAAGAACAAGAAGAAUUCCCCUACCUUGAAGUUGGAGAUGCUGAAAAAUAUGAGCGAAUGAGCAAAUUACCUUCUCCAAGAUUUAUGGUUACUCAUCUGCGUCCUGAAAAUCUUCCUAAAUCAAUCUUCCAAAACAAUGCCAAGAUAUUGUUACUGAUUCGUAAUCCAAAAGAUGUUGCUACCUCUUUCUUCCAUUUUUCAAAUGGCCUGGCUACUCUGCCCUCCUAUGAGACCUGGGAUGAUUUCUUCACAGAUUUCAUGACAAAGAAAAUGGCCUGGGGAUGCUACUUUGAAUACCUUUCUGAAUGGAACAAAUAUGCUGAGAAAAAAAAUAUUAUGACAAUAACUUAUGAAGAGGUAAAAGAGAAUCCUGCCCUAAGUGUGAAAAACAUAGCUACAUUCUUUGGAAUUCCUCUGACUGAGGAAGAUCUCCAGCUGGUGGUAGAGAGAAGCAGCUUCCAGUCUAUGAAGAAAAACUCAGACAAGACCCAUGGCUCAUUUGGCAAUAUUCUCUUUCGCAAAGGUGGUGUAAGUGACUGGAAGAAUCUUUUCACUGAAGAUCAGAGUCAGAAAAUGGACAAAGCAUUUGAAGAACAUAUAGCAGUAACUAAACUCGGAAAAAAGCUGAAGUAUGACUUGUACUGCAAAAACUGAAGAGAAGUGAAACGUUGUUGGAGCAAGAACUUUGCAAGGCAGACUCAGAUUAUCUGAAUGUUAUACCCUGGAAAACUAGAUCAAAUGAUCCAUGCACCUUAGAACUACUGUAAGAGUCAUUGCAGCAGCCUUUACAGCGACAGGGAUGAGCCUUUUGUUUUAGUGUGAGACCUCGGGCUACACUCAUUUGCUGAAGAAGAUGCC